GAGUGUGUGGAGUGUGUAUGGACAAGAACAAGUUGCAGCGCUCGCGAGUGUGCACUGGUAUUAGUGGUGCUCGGUGUGGCAGUGUGCGUGCUGGGUCUUUAUGUCUGCGCUGUUUCCCAGACGACGACCAAGAGGUGAGCACACAGGUGAAUUAUCGGUGCAAUACGCUGCCUUGGCAACAGAGCCGCAGAGUCGCAGCCACAGCCCCGGCCAUAGUCGCAUCCAACAAUAGGCGACGACGACGACCCAACCCGACCCUCCAUCGACAACAACAACAGCAACAUCAAGUAGCGGCCGUAGCACCGAGAAAAGCAAAUAGAUAUAACGAAAAUGUUGCGUUUUCUAAGCCGUCGCAAGGUGCGCAACAACUACGCGGAUAAUGCCAGCAGCCCCCGCGGUGGCGGUGGCAUGGGCGGUGGCGGUGCCGUUGUGGCCAGCGGCUCCCAGAUUAAGCCGCAGCGCAUCGUCGUGAACAAGAACAAAAUAGACUGCCGCGUCAUACUGCUGGACAAUACUGACCUUUCCAUCGAAUUAUCGAAAAAAGCGUUGGGCAGCUUCCUCUACGAACAGGUCUUCUAUGCGCUAGACAUCAUUGAGAAGGACUAUUUUGGUCUGCAGUUCAUGGACGCCAAUCACGUCAAGCACUGGCUGGACCCUACCAAACCCAUCAAGAAGCAGGUCAAAAUUGGACCACCAUACACAUUCCGCCUGAAGGUGAAGUUCUACUCUUCAGAGCCCAAUACGCUGCGCGAGGAGCUCACGCGCUAUCUUUUCUUUCUACAACUGAAGCAAGACCUGCUGGAGGGGCGCCUCGACUGCCCGGAUGACAAGUCUACAGAGCUCUGCGCCCUGGCCUUGCAAUCUGAGCUGGGCGACUACGACGAUCAGGAACACUCGGCAGCCACCGUCUCGGAGUUCCGGUUCGUGCCGGAGCAGACAGAGGAUCUGGAAAUAUCCAUUCUUGAGGAGUACAAGACAUGCCGCGGCCUGACACCUGCCCAGGCGGAGACGGCGUUCCUCAACAAGGCCAAGUGGCUGGACAUGUACGGCGUGGACAUGCACACCGUGCUGGGCAAAGACGGCUGCGAGUAUCACCUGGGACUGACGCCCACAGGCAUCCUUGUGUUCGAGCGGGACCAGAAGAUAGGCCUGUUCUUCUGGCCAAAGAUCAGCAAAUUGGACUUCAAGAAGAAGAAGCUUACGCUUAUCGUCAUCGAGGACGACGACGAUGGUCGCGAGCAAGAGCACACGUUCGUCUUCCGCCUGUACAACGAGAAGGCAUGCAAGCACCUGUGGAAGUGCGCCGUGGAGCAUCACACCUUCUUCCGGCUGCGGGCGCCUGUAAAGGGCCCCUCGGCACGACAGAACUUCUUCCGCAUGGGCUCGCGUUUUCGGUACUCCGGCCGCACCGAGUUCCAGACCACCCAGCAGAGCCGGGCCCGCCGCACGGUUCAGUUCGAGCGUAGGCCCUCCCAACGCUUUGCCAGUCGGCAGUCGCAUCUGCUGCGAGAGCGCCAAAAGGCCUCCCAGGAGUCGGCCGCUUCAGCCGUGGCCUCGGUCAAUGCUCGAGCUGCUGCAGCGGCCGCUGCUGCUGCGGCUGCCUCACAGGCUCACCAGACUCCAGUGACCGCUCCCGUUCCGUGCAACGACAACAACAGCGACGUCUUCGAUUCGCUGAUUUCGACGGAUCAGUUCAUCACUGUCACGCCCUCGCCCUCUGUGCUCACUGUCAUUCAGAACUCCGCCAUCAUCGAACCCGAUGCUGCCUGCAGUGCCUCCAUCAGUUCCUCCACACAGGCAGGGGCCGCCUGCGCCUCCCUGGGUCGCAACUCCCUAAAGUCCAACUUUAGCAACGAUGAUCCGGCGUACAGCAAGAUUGGCUCCAUUGGCAAGGCGGCUGGCUUGACUGUGAAAUUGGAGCCGGAGUACACGCCGCCGUAUUCCCCGAAUGCAACCAAGAACUUUGAUGAGACCAAUCCGUUCAGAAGUGCGGCCUCGCACCAUGGCAGCUUUGGCAAGGCCUCCAUUAGCUCCGGCCAGCUCAGUGUUAAGAGCGGCUUGUCGGAUAAAGACAGAGAGCUAGACUCAUUGCUUAAGUCCAUUGUGAAAGAUCCAUCCCCAUCAGUGCUAGCAAACGAAGCCAUUAACGAUGCUAACAGUAUCAGGGUGACCAUCAACAAGACCUUCGACAUGGACCACAACACGGAGACACUGAAGCGCCUCUCAAACGCCAACGAGAAGCCCAACAACCAAGUGAAGCUGGCCAAUGUGGGCGCGACGUCCCUGCCGCCUGGCAACAUCAAGUGCAAUAUCCUAAAGGCUCGCGUUGAGGAGGAACUGGGCGCCGGCGGCAACGCCAAGCUGACCAAUCAGAUGUUUGUGCCAGCCGCCAGCUCCGCUGCCCACUCCGGGCACUCCGGUAUGCACACAAGCACCAGCAGCAGCCACAGCAACAACAGCAAUCAUGCACACAGCGAUGGACCGGAUUCCCUGAAUGCCACCUACAUAUCAGUGGGAGGCGAUAAGCUGACGCUCAGCAUACCGGAACAGAAACCGGCAACAGGCAGCAGCGUCAGCGGCACGAGCUCCUCAGGCACCACCAAUGGUAAUCCACCACCCUUCAGCAACGCCACAUUCGUCUCGGGCUUCAGUGCGCCGCUGACUCCCCCGUCGUCGUUGCCAGCCAUACUCAACAACAACAACAACAACAACAGCAGCAGUGGUAGCGGCAGCAUGGCCACUAGUGUGACCACCAUCAGCACUCCCAGUAGCCCCACUGCCAGCAUCAGUGUGGUAGCUGCCAGCAGCAGUGGCACAGAGCCGGCCGCAAGUGUGUCUGCACCCGCGCUGAGCAAUGCCUCGGCUGCCGAAAUACUCAUUAAUGAAAUAUUCAUUAACAACAUCAUAAACAACAAUGCCGCUGCCAGCAGCAGUAACGGCAGCAGCAGCAGUGGCAGCAACACAGCCGAAACUGGUGCAAAGCCUGCGGCAAAAAUCGCCACACCCAGCGCCGGCACAUUGCUCUUCUCCACGCUCAGUGAGCAGGAGCGUCUGGAGGCGCAGAAGACGGGACAGAACCAGAAUCACAGCGAAGUAGAUGCGCCGCAGAGUGAAAAGAAGGCCAAGAGCAAUUAUCCGGAGAGCAGCCGCAUUCCGUCCAGCCACAGCAACGAUAUGGUCUCACCCUGGCUGGUCUCUUCGGAGGUUGUGUCGGCCCCCAAGGGACGCGAGCCGACCAUUAUACGAAAGUCCGUUAUUACAACGCAGUUGUAAUUAUUGUUUAGCCUUAACCUUUACCCGACCUUUUACAAAUUUAAGCCUAAAUGUUCUUAUUUAUAUACAUAUACUAGCUAUGCAAAUUCUAGGCAGACAUAACGUAUUCGUACUCGUACUCUACUCGUAUAUUUUAAUAUAGACAAACGCUAGACAACUUUUAAGCAUUCCAUGAGAGAGAGUAGCGGGAAAGCGACAAAGCGACAAAGCAACAAAACGACAAACGACAAUGAGAGAGCAGGUCCAAUCAAAAUGUAAACUGUCCAUAAAUGUGCCUUAACGAUCUAUACUAUAUAUAUAUAUAUACAAACAUAUUUAUAUAUACAUAUACAUACAUAUUCGUUUACAUUUGAACGAACACGGGAACGAGAUGUGCUAAAAACAGUGUACUUAAAAUAAAGUUAACAAUUCAAAAUGUAUUCAUUUGCUAACUAUAAGUGUAUAGACUGGAUUUUAACCAACAAAACAAAAACAAAACAAAAGUGAUGAAGGCGUUCUGCUUAAUAUAGUACUAGGCCUAUAUUAUAGCUAAGAAAUGUGAGCUCCCCCGCCCCCAAAUGCAGUAUUCCAACUAA